GGCGGCUGGAGCAUUCUGGGAGUUGUAGUAAAAAUGCGACGAAUGAGGCCUCCUCCUUCUCCUCAAGGAGGCUCCGGGGAUUCCGGAAGUGCGGAGCGCGGAGGAUGGGGAGCGAGGCUCUGGGCCUUGGCUUCCGGGAUGCGGCGGCCGAAGGAAGGAGAAGCCGGGCAUGAGCGACGUGGUGGAGCGGACACUGAGCGCCUUGCCGGCCUUGCUGGGGCCUCAGGAGCCCGGCGCCGGGGCGCUGGGAGGAGGCGGAGCAGGCAGGCAGGCCGCGUCGCGCCUCGGAGGCCUCAUCCGGAGCAUCACCGCCCUCGCCUCCAAACACGAGGAAGAAAAGUUAAUCCAACAGGAAUUAAAAAAUUUGAAAGCAACCGUUUCUGCACCCACAACAUCACUACGACUCAUGAAAGAGUGUAUGGUGAGAUUAAUAUAUUGCGAGAUGCUGGGCUAUGAGGCUUCUUUCGGAUACAUCCAUGCAAUCAAAUUAGCACAGCAAGGCAACCUUUUUGAGAAAAGAGUUGGUUAUUUGACUGUGUCCUUAUUUCUUCAUGAAAACCACGAGUUGCUGCUUCUGCUUGUGAACACAGUUGUAAAGGAUUUGCAGAGCACUAAUCUGAUGGAAGUGUGCAUGGCUCUCACUGUGGCAAGCCAGAUUUUUCCACGAGAAAUGAUCCCAGCUGUCCUUCCGUUAAUAGAAGACAAGCUUCAGCAUUCAAAAGAAAUCAUUAGAAGGAAAGCUGUUCAGGCCCUGUACAAAUUCUACCUUAUUGCGCCCAACCAAGUCCAACACAUCCAUGACAAAUUCCAGAAGGCGCUUUGUGACAGAGAUGUAGGAGUGAUGGCUGCUUCAUUACACAUUUAUCUCCAGCUGGUGAAGGAAGAUUCCUCUGCAUACAAGAACUUGACAGGCAGCUUUGUAGCUAUUUUGAAGCAGGUGGUAGGAGGAAAACUUCCUGUCGACUUCAACUAUCACAGUGUCCCCGCACCUUGGUUACAGAUUCAGCUUUUAAGAAUAUUGGGGCUCCUUGGAAAAGAUGAUGCAAGGACCAGUGAAUUAAUGUACGAUGUUUUGGAUGAAUCUUUAAGGAGGGCAGAGAUAAACCACAACAUUACAUAUGCCAUCUUGUUUGAAUGCGUCCAGACAAUUUACACUAUUUACCCUAAAUCUGAUCUACUCGAGAAGGCUGCCAAAUGCAUUGGGAAAUUUGUCUUGUCACCUAAAAUUAAUUUGAAGUAUUUGGGAUUAAAGGCCCUGACGUAUGUCGUCCAGCAGGAUCCCACCCUGGCCCUGCAGCACCAGAUGACCAUCAUUGAAUGCCUAGACCAUCCUGACCCUAUUAUUAAAAGAGAAACAUUGGAACUUCUGUACAGAAUCACCAAUGGACAGAAUGUCACAGUCAUUGUUCGGAAGAUGCUCGACUAUCUAACGCAAACCAAGGAAGAAUAUACCAUUAUCAACAUUGUUGGCAAAAUAGCAGAAUUAGCGGAGAAAUAUGCUCCUGACAAUGAAUGGUUCAUCCAGACCAUGAAUGCAGUAUUUUCCAUAGGAGGGGAUAAAAUGCACCCAGACAUCCCAAACAGUUUCUUGCGACUCCUUGCAGAAGGGUUUGAAGAUGAAAAGGAAGAUAGCCAGCUGCGGCUUCAUGCUGUCCAGUCCUACCUGAAGUUGCUACAAGACGAAAAUGCAGUUUACCCGCAGAAAUUUGUUCAAGUGAUGAGUUGGGUGUUGGGAGAAUAUAGUUGCCUUAUGACCAAUGUGGACCCCGAGGUUGUCAUGGCAAGUUUGCAUCGGAUUCUGGAGAGGAAGGCCACUUCUGAAACGAAAGCCUGGAUCAUGGCUGCAGUCACGAAAAUAGCUUCUCGUUCGCCGUGUUCAGAAACUGUCGAUAAACUCAUCAUGGAAUUGAGUACCUCCCUGGAUACUUGCAUGAGGCAGUACGCCUUCGAAUUAAAGCAUCUUUAUGAAGACAAGGAAUUGAUGAAGAAGUUGUUCCCCAUUGAUGCUAGUUAUGAGGAUAGAGUGGUAGAUGCUUCCUUAUCUUUCUUAGAUGGGUUUGUAGCUGAAGGACUAGACCGCGGCGCAGCCCCAUACAAACCUCAUCACCAAAGGCAAGAGGAGAAGCUGUCUCAGGAAAAAGCUUUGAAUUUUGAACCUUAUGGGCUGUCCCUUUCCCAAAGUUUCUCAGCAUCUAGCUUUACUGGAAGGCAGUCCCCAACUGGACUUUCUCUGGGAUCCGACAUCUCUGGUAAUAGCACCGAGACAGGACAAAAGGGGGCCAACAGUUUGAAGCUUGAAGGUGUUAAGAAGCUUUGGGGUAAAGAAGGCUACCUUCCACAAAAAGAAAGCCCAGUGGAAAAUGAAGACAGCAUCAAACCCGUUCUGCCCAGCAGCACAAUUGCGGAAAAUAUUGUUGGUAGUUUUCCGUCAACGUCUGAGCAAAAAACCCCUGGCCUUUUGGAGGGAGAGAAAGAGAAACAACAACUAGCUUCAUCACUCUUUGUUGGCCUGAGCUCACAAAGCAGCAUCAGUCUGAUGGGAAAAGGCGACACUGUGACUCAGAAGUUCACAAGGAAAUCCAAAACAAGUGAAGCCAAAGCAAACGAGGGACCAUCGAGUACCAUUUCUCCUCUUGCAGACACACUGUCUAAGAACAAGGAGUCCUUUCAAAACAAUGGGCAUCAUGGAUUUAGGAAAGCAUCACUGAGUUCUGUUGAAACCCCUGGAUCCAAGGCGGUACCUGUCAGGUCUCACUCUCUGCAGGAAGGUGGACUAAAUGACCGGCUUUUGGACCAUAGACUUUCUCAGUCCUCGUUGUUUGCCGAUUGUAAUAUGGAAAUCUUUCCUCCUCCCUCAAGUGCUGAGACUGUAGUUUGCAAGCAGCACUCUUUAAUGCCUUACUUACCGGAGGAAGCGGCUAAAUAUCCUCACUCAGAAAUGAUACAACUUUGUUCUGAUGAAACUCUGGUUUUGUACUUUUGUAAAGUCUGGCAGGAUGAUUGUGUUUUGCUGUUUUUAUUUCUGGCCAAUAAGAGCAGCAAUGUUCUUAGAGAUGCGAGUCUGGAAUUGGAGCACACAGAGCAUCUAAAGAUGGUUGAACGUCUUGGCUGUCAUUUUGCUACAGUAGCAGCUGAAAGCAUAGAAAGCUUCCAAACAAGUGUUGAGAUGGAGGAACUUUGCUCAUCGGUUGUAAUUUUGGGUUCCGUCGUUUACCAUCUAGAAUCGGAAACACGCCUCAGGUUUUCUGUACCUUUAGUCCUGCUGGAUUUUAUCAGGCCUAUGAAAAUGACCACGGAUGAAUUUGGAAAGCUGUGGCUUGCGGUUUCAAACGAUGUGAAGCAAAAUGUGAAGAUGGCACCGUCUCAGGGAUCGUUGCCAGCUAUUCUGAACACCUUGCAGCAAAAGCUGAAGCUACAUAUCGUUGAUAUCAUAGGUAAUGAGGGAAUAGCAUCGUGUCAACUUCUUCCAUCAGUGCCCUGUUUGCUCCAUUGCCGUAUCCAUGCUGGCAUGUUGGCGCUAUGGUUCAGAUCCCCUUGCUCGGCUCUUCCGGACUGUUUGCUUUAUCAGUGUCAAAAAGCGAUGGAAGAAUCCUGAGUGUUAAAGUGCCUCCCUUUUUUUUUUCAAAGUCUCUGACUGCCAAGGAAGAUGUGGUUUUUGUACAGUGUUUUAUCGAAGCCAGCUCUUGUUCUGCUUCUCUGGAGUGAAGUUACACAAGAAUAAGCUCUAUGGACAUGAGGAUUUAAGGUGGUUCUCCUGCCCUUUGCCCUCCAGAAACAGCUCAGGAUCAAUCAAGGCACUAAAAGUAUGGGCCACAUGUUAUGCAACAUGAGUAUUUUCUCUUUUUGCCCUUGCGUAAGUCAUAACAAUUCAUAGGAGCAGCACCACUUGAAUUACGUCAUUUACUUGGCUUACGUGUAGAGGAAUAUUUUCAGUUAAGAACUUUCCUUGAAGCGGCAUUGUAAAGACCAGAGUUAGAGGAAUGCAAGAUGCUAACUGUUGAUGCAACUGAUAUUCAGUUAUAAGAUAUCUAUAGGAUUGUCCCAUGGUUGGAUCAUAGGUUAUUGGCAUUAACAAUCCAUGGAAGCACCUCAAGUAAGGAAUUGGCUAGUUUUUGUUACAGGAUUUUUUACUUAUUAUGUGGCAGAAUAUAAACAUUAUUUGUGAAUGCAAAUUGAGGCUGCCAGCAAGUUAUUGGUUGUCAACUUCGUUGCCUAUCAGAAGUUGGCUUCUAAAAUGCAAUACCUCAAUCACAGAGCUAGCGUGUUGGUUUGCAGCAUUUAAAUACGCAAGACUUUUAAUCUAGGAAGCUUCUCUUGCUGUGCCUCACAGUCAUUCUGACUCAGCCACCACUCCGCUUCAUCCAUAGCUGGCUUUCAUUGUAUACCAACCAUUGUCCUUGAUGAUAAAAUAGCAUAAAGAUGUGCUCGCACAGCUUGUUCCACCUCGCCACGGAUCCUUUGGUCUUCUCUCUUUUGAACAGCCUUUUGUGCUACCUUUUUGCUUUUCAAUCUCUUGUGUUUCAUCUCAUGUUCUGUUGUCAUUGUCCUCCUUGGGCAGAGGAGGAUAGCUCACUAAAUAUGCAAACCAUAGUACAAAGUAAUUCAUUUUUUAAAAAUAACCUCUUACAAUACUGUCAUUUGGGGGAUUGAAGCAGCUUCAGCCAUGGCUUCUCUUGGUGUCUUCGUUUUUAGGCCUGUUCCUAGGAUUAAUUGUGGAGUUGAUUCAGAAAAUUGCAUUGGAUAGAUCCCCAUGUAAGCCGCUCCGAGUUCCUUCGGGGAGAUGGUGGCGGCAUACAAAAAUAAAGUUAUUAUUAUUAUUAUUAUUAUUAUUAUUAUUAUUAUUAUUAUUAUCUGCUCUAGUUUCUUGGAUAUAGCUAUCAUGCUCUUUAAUGGGUGAGCAGAUGGAGUCGAUGGCAUAUGUUCUGUAUCUUAAAAACUAGAGCUGAUAGGGGAAAAUGGGAGACAUUUUUAGAAUAAGUUGGUCAAAUAUACCCAGAAACAGGACUAACAUACAAGGCACCAAAAUGUGUUUUGGCCAGUGUUGUUUGCAAAACUAAGCUUUUAAACUAAGACCGCCUCCAACCUAACAGUUGUGUUUUUAACACAACUGACUGUCAAGAACACAACAAGAGACCAACUGAUUGUGGUCUCUUGUUGCAGAACAGAAACAUUGCAAGCAUUUUGAACUCCUCUUAUUGAAUUAUUCUGUGUUCUCUUGUUCAGAAUACAAUUUGACCAUCAGAAGCGAGUUAGGAUGUAUCACAGUGGAUUCCUAUUUCUUUGAAUCAAAUCAAAAAAGGCUUAUUUGACUUGUAGCCCAGGUAUGUCAUUCUUAUGAACAUUGAGACAAUAAGCAGAACUGAGUCAUAGUCUGAAACGGGAUGAUUUAUGAUGUUUAGCAGGAACAGAAAAUUCUAUUUUUUCAAAGUCCUCAUCCAUAGGCUUAAUAGCGCUUUUUUGGUGGCAGUGCUGGUUGUGUAACACUGCUGAUGUGGGUAUUAAGUUGGUCAGUUUUAAUGAUCUGUAGUCUCCUUGCUCUGAGAGCCAUUUGUAAAGCAAACCUGUGUGUGUUUCAAAAACCCAAAGCAGUUAGGUUAAAUUCAUGAAGAGGCACAGGGCGGUUUUCUGCAUUAUAAUCCAGUGUUGCAGCCACUUUGAAGACUCUUUUCUGAUAGUUCUUGUAUCCUUUGGAAAUGAAUUAUAUGGAGGAACAUAGGUAUAAGGGAGAUGCUGUGUAAGAGCUGAACACCUGUGUGUAUCUUCAGAUAUUUAAUUGAAAACAAUAGUAACUCUCCAACUAUUGGUAUUUGUCUCUGCAAUGCAACACGCAUAGGAGAGAGUUCCACUGACACUCCACAUUUAUUUUCCGAUUUACAAAGUCUUAGAAUCUGGCUGCAAACAGUUUUGUUUUUUAAUGUAUGUGUGUAUUUAUUUAAUGUAUGCAUUUGUCAACAUCAUUACCUACUUGUACAUUAAAACAGCACUUCUCAAACCAUUAAAACCCAAUAAUAAGCA